AUGGGCCUUCUCCAGGAUCAGCUGGUGCACUUCUCGUUUCCGAGUCCAGCCCAGUUCUUUCUAGCACUUGGCGCAUCCCUCGUCUCUGUGACAUUUUACCGUCUCUACUUGCACCCGCUCGCCCACGUCCCUGGUCCACCGUUUGCAUGCGUAUCAUCACUGUUUCUAUACAUCAUCUGCUACUUGGGCGUCGAAAGCAGCGUGCUUGCACAUUAUCACGUCAAGUACAAUACGCCAGUGCUGCGCAUCGCUCCCGAUGCGGUGUCUCUGUCGGAUGGCGAGGCCUUACACCAGGUUUAUGUCGCCGGAGGAGGACUUCCCAAGGACGCACGGUACAACAACUUCCGCUUCGAGGGGUUUAACACCAUUUUCUCCACGACCAACCAGAACUAUCGCGACUCGAGAGCCAAGACAGUGAUCUCCCUGUUCGCCCCCAGCCGGGUCCAAGCAGCGUAUGAGCAGGACGGGACGGUGAUGAUGGCAUUGGUCGGAAAAUACGUCGCGCGGCUGCAGCAGGAGAGGACCAAGCCGAGCUCGCGAGCUGACAUUCUCGAUCUCUCCUCACGGCUUUCUAUCGACAUCAUGACUGGGUAUCUCUUUGGUCACGUCUACGGUGGACUGGACGAGCCACUCCGGAUCGCAGAGCCCAAGGCAAAACCCCUUCGCUGGGGCGACAAGCUCUCAGCUACUCCUUUCGUAUUGGCCAUCGUCGCGUUUAGCCGCUACUCCCUCCUGCCCAACUGGCUCUUUAGUGUCAUCUUCUCGUCCCUGGUAGGUCGCGUCCUAUCGGACCAAGAAGUCAAUGUCUCGCUGCAGACCGUCUCCAAAUAUGCCCUCGGCGUCCUCGACAGUGCUACUACUGAACAAGGGCCCAGCCAAGACACGUAUCAAUCGAGGCUUCUGGCAGCGGGCAUCUCGCGUCAAGAGACGCUCAACCAAGUCAAGGCGAUUAUGUUUGCGGGCGCAGACUCGACGGCCGUCAUGCUGGCCACAAUUAUCUUUCACCUUGUGCAGCAGCCCGAGAAGCGUAAGCGCUUGGAGGCGGAACUCGAGAGCCACCCCGCAGACGUCGAUCCGCGGACAUUACCGUACCUACGGGCUGUUGUGCGCGAGGGCUUGCGGCUCGGUAUGGCCAAUCCGACGCGGCUGACGAGGGUUAUCCGGCAAGGAAGUGCGGGCCUGACUGUGAGUGGCUACCGCCUACCUCCGGGCACCAUCGUUGGCGCAGCGGCCCAUGUUUUGCACCACGAUCCUCUGGUAUAUCCAGACCCAUUCACUUUUCAGCCUGAGCGGUGGCUUUCCAGUAGCGGUGAGAUACAGGCCCGGCGCAUUCGCGAGAGGAACCUGAUUCCUUUCGGUCUUGGCUCGAGGGCUUGUUUGGGUCGGGAAAUCGCCGAGAAGCAGUUGUAUGUAGUGAUGAAGGAGGUGAUCAAAAGUCGCGUGCUCGAGGGGGCGUGGACAUGUACCGAGAAGAUUGAUAUUAUCGAGUGGUUCAACGCCGAGAUUAAAGGUCAUAAGUUGGAGAUUGCAUGGUAG